AUGGCAACACAUAAUUACUUGUUAAGUGAUUCUCAAGCAGGGUUUACUAAUUUUUUUUUAUCAUCAUCGUCCGCUCAUAAUAGCAGCAGUGAAAGUCCAGAGAUACAUUUAUUAUACAGGGUUUCAGGAUCAUUAGCAUUAUUAUCAUUUAUUGGGGCAUUAUUUGUUAUUAUUACUUUUAUUACUAUUAAAGAUUUAAGAAGGCAUCCAACUCGUAUGAUAUUCUUUUUAUCGGUGUGUGAUGUAAUGUUCAGUUUAAAAUAUUUAAUCACAUCGGUAUUACCACAUUCAGAUAGUUUUCAAGGUAAAAACGGACCAUGCUUUUUACAAGCGGGAUUCCAACAGUUUUUUGGAUUAGCAUCAAUCGGUUGGAGUGGUAUGAUAUCGUUAAAUUUAAUUAUAAGUACGAGCAGACCUUUUGAAAAUACAUCAAGUUAUUCAAAGUUCUAUCAUAUUUGGAUUUGGGGUUUUUCAUUAACAACAACAGCAAUUAUGUUUUCGCAAGGUGUUUCAGUAAUUGGUCCUUCAGGUGAUGGUACAUGUUGGAUUAAAUCAAAUAACAAGCCAUUUCUUUUAUUAUUCUUUAUACCACUAUUGUCAUAUAUUUUAAUCUCUAUAUCAUCGUUAGUAAUAGCUGCAAUCUCAACAAGAAAUGCAUUGGGUUCAACUUCCAGCAGACAUUGGACUGAUCGUAAUCGUAAGAAUAUGCUUUUGCGUAUGUCUACAUAUACUAUGGUUUUCAUUUUUUGUUGGGCUGGUCCAUUGGCUCAUAGAAUUGCUCAGUUUGCAGGCCAUAAAGAUGUUCCAAAUCAUGCCAAUGCUUUAAUGUUUUUAGAUGCUAUUGGUGUCAGUAUUCAAGGUUUUGUGAAUGCUAUUAUUUGGUUAUCAAAUCCAUCAAUUCUUAGAGGCUUCUUGGAUAAUGUAAAAAAAUACUUACCUUUCACACAAAAAUACAUUGGUGAAACCGAAAAUACUCCUUUAAUUAGAUCUCUUCAAGACGAUAGUCAAGAUCCUGCUCAAUUGGCUAGUUACUUAAGAACAAGCAUUUUAACAUGCUCUUUGUGUGGUAUAAAACUUUCAGUUAACGACAAUAUUAUUCAUGCUACAACCGAACCAUUAUUCUCAAAUUCUCCAAUAGUUUAUCAACACUUACCACAUGAAAAAGAUAAUAAAGAUGGUAGCAAUAGUAAUAAUAAUAAUAAUAAUAGUAAUAAUAAUAAUAAUAAUAAUAAUAAUAAUAAUAAUAAUAAUAAUAAUAAUAAUAAUAAUAAUAAUAAUAAUAAUGAUAAUAAUAAUAGUAGUGGAUCACGUGGAUUGAUUAAUUUAAAUUCAAGUAUUGGCAGUGUCAAUGGUAAUGGUAGUGGCAAUUAUAAUAAUAGUGGUAGUGGUGGUUAUAAAAACAGCAAUAGUAAUAAUAAUAGCUCAACAACAUAUUAUCAUCAACAAUCUCAAACCUAUCAAAACUCAAUAUCAUCAAUUAAAGAUUUUAAAGUUUAUACUGAAAAAGAAUUAUUUAGCGAGGCUUAUGAAAGUGGUGGUCAUGUUGGUCAUCAUAAAUUUAAAGAUUAUUGCCCAGUUGUUUUUGCAAAAAUUAGAGCUCUUAAUAAUAUUUCACCAUCAGAUUAUUUAAAAUCAUUCGAAGCAUCUUCAUUCUUUGAAAAUCUCAGCAAUCAAAAAUUCUCCGAAGGUAAAAGUGGUAGUUUUAUGUGUUUUACUCCAGAUAAUAAAUUUUUAAUUAAAACCAUUACAAGACAAGAAUCAAUAUUAUUAAAGAAAAAAAUUUACAAUUUUUAUGAACAUUUUUCAAAAAAUAAAAAUUCAUUUUUAUUAAGAUUUUAUGGUUGUCAUAAGGUUUCAAUGCCAAAUGAUCAUACCAUUUAUUUAGCAGUAAUAUACGAUAUUAAAGGUUCAAGAAUUAAUAGGGGUGGUCAUGAUCCAAACUUUAAAGGAAUGGGUUUAGGUUUAGAUCUAGAUUUUGUAAAUUAUAGAAAAUUAUUAUCAUUACAAGAGUCAGUUAACCCAGAAUCAAUAGUAAAGCAAUUGGAAAAGGAUGCAGCAUUUUUACAAAGUUUAAAUAUUAUGGAUUAUUCAUUAUUAAUUGGUGUAUUACCAAACGAUGAUAAUUUCAAACAAAAAAGAAAAGAAUUUGAAUUAAAUAACUUAAUAAAUAACAAUCAUACAAGUGGCGAUGGUAGCAGUGGCAGUGGUAGUAGUAGUAUAAUCGAUUAUUCAAAGGGUAUCGAAUCAUCAGACUCAAAAGAAAUUUAUUUUAUUGGUGUUAUCGAUAUGUUGCAACUCUACAACUUUAACAAACAAGUAGAACACUUUUUAAAGGUUUACAUUACCCGAAAAGAUGGAAGAGGUAUCUCUGCCGUUAAACCAGGUUUCUAUAAACAAAGAUUCAUGGAUAGAAUGUACGAAAUAUUUGAUACUAAAAAAAAUAAAUUUAUUUAAUAUAAUAUAAUUAUCAACAAAUUUUUAUUUAUGGCUAUCUAAAAAUAUAAUUAAAUUUUUAGGUAGCUAUAAAU